AGCCGGCGCGCUUUGGGCUCAAGGGGAGGUGGCGGGGUCAGCGACGCCACCGGUGAAGUCGAAAAAGUCAACGAGUUGGUAAAGCAGCCAGAGACGCGUCCUAUAGGUCAGGAGCAGUUGGUGGCUGAGGUAAAAGGCAUAUAUGCUGGUCUUGUUAUGGUCGAGAACAAAUGUAUAGAGGUCGAUAAUGCACAAAACUCACUAAACAACGGCUCGGCUUCCCCCAAGCUCAACACCGACCAGUGGCAGGCUCUCAUUUCCUUGCACCGGACGUUGCUACACGAGCACCACGACUUUUUUCUCGCCUCGCAGCAUCCUUCGGCAAGCCGAGCGCUGCGACGACUUGCCGUCAAAUAUGCAAUGCCGGCGCGCAUGUGGCGACACGGCAUCCAUAGUUUAAUGGCCAUCGAAGACGACGAUGUUCGCGACAGGGAGGUCUGGACAGCUGUUUCUCGCGGCUGGUACUCGCGAGCUAGCGAUAAGGCGCCCACCACUGGACGCCUGUAUCACCAUCUAGCAAUUUUGGCGAGACCUAAUGUUUUAGCACAGCUUUUUUACUACGCCAAAAGCUUGUGUGUACCCAUUUCCUUCAACAGCGCCAGGGACUCAAUUCUCACCCUUUUCGAACCCAUCAUGGCUGGCACACACGGUAACCUGCAACCCGUUGAUCGUGCGCUGGUCAGGUGUCACGGGACUUUCUUCACCGGCAAGGGCACCGAAGAUCUCGAAGAUACGCGCAAUGAAUUUCUUUCGAACCUCGACCUGGCCGUGGCCAAGGGCGCACGCCGCUGGCUGGAGGCAGGAUAUCAAAUCGCCGUGACAAAUCUUUGUGCACUUUUGGACUACGGCCUGCCUACCAACGUUCUCAUGAGGGCACUUGACGCUUCGACCAAAGACAUUCCCAAGCGGAAAAUCGUAGUUGGGGAUGAGCCGGCUUCGGCUAAGUCCCAAGAAGCUUCAGAGACGCAAAAACCGACCAAUACUGAUGAUAAAAAUGCUCCAAUUGCCACCGCCACGGAGGCCAAAGAUGACGUGGUCGACCUUUCCAAGCGCUUUAAAGAAGUUCUCCAAUUUGUGGAAAGCACAGAUAUAGUUGUUCUUUCACGGCUGGGGGAUUUGAACAUACUUUCUUAUCUCAACGUUAGACUCAUGUUCUUGCGUCAGAUGGCCAUCCUGAAGGGCCCAGGCGGGGCUGAGGCUAAACCACCAGCGAUGUCGCAUCUCGAGGCUUCUUUCCCUUGGCAUCUGCUCAGUUUAUGCUUAAACUCUUUUGCAGCGGGUUUUGAGACCCCCAAGAAAUACGAGACGAGCGAGUUCCCCCGCACGGCCGAAAGGAGGCCGCUUCCCGAGGAUUGGGCAAUGCGAGGGCUUGUGUGGGCGGAGAUGGCCUUCCCGGCCAACCAUUUCAGCGUCAAUGAAAACAUGGAAGAAGACGAAAGGACGUUUGAAACCCCAUCGAUGAAAGAUCAGCGUCGUGAAAGGUGUCUGUGGCCCGCUUGCCAAAUCGCCCAGAUUGGAACGUCAGGAGACGGCGUCAAAGAGGGACGUUGGAUCACGUAUAAUGCCAACACAAAGAAAUUUCGACCGGCUGCUCAAUACGUGUCGGACGUUGAAAUACGUCCUCCCGUCACCAAGGCCACGUACGAGGAUGUCCUCCCAGAGGAGCCCACAUUGUCAGUGCGAGAGCAAGAAAACGAAAAGCCAACCAUUCAGUCUGCUGAGAAGAUUCGUGAUAGUAGUUAG